AUGAUCCGGCUGUUUUUACAGUUGUUCACAAUUAUAGUGGCGCUAUCGCAAGCACUACUUUAUUGGAUGUACUAUGACUGGAACUCUCCGAAACGUGGUGCUUACCGUUCCACUUGGUUUAUGCGUCAGCGUGUUCAUAACUGGUACGCGAACUAUUUCCCAGUAAGUAAGUUGCAUAAAACGGAGGAUUUGAGCCCUGAUCAGAAUUAUCUGAUUGGAAGUCACCCUCACGGAAUCAUAUCUAUGUCAGCUUUUAUUAACUUUGCCACGAAUGGGACAGGAAUUCUAGAAAAGUUUCCCGAAAUCAAAUUUCACCUCUGCACUCUAGUGGGACAAUUUUAUACUCCAUUUCGACGCGAAUGGGGCCUAUUGCACGAGAUUAUAUUAUCGAUUGACGCCGUGAAAGUGGUCUCUACGUUCUGGAACGAGCGAAAAGUAUCUUGUAUAAGCUCGAGAGCUACUUACGUGAAAGGUCAAGCUUGCGUGCUGGUAAUAGGUGGAGCUGAAGAAGCACUUGAUGCGCAUCCCGGUCAUCAUAUUCUCACAAUUAACAAACGUAAAGGAUUCAUUAAGUUAGCACUGGAAACCGGCGCCCAACUUGUGCCGUGCUACUCCUUCGGAGAAAAUGAACUAUUUGACCAGGUAAUGUACACGUUCGAUUGGGAAACGUUCUUGCCUGCUAGCUGGCUUUUUCAAACCACUUUUGGCACUUGA